AAGUACAGAGUCAUCUAGGUUUGCCAAAAUGGCAGAGGGCCAAGAAGAACCCAAAAAAAUUACGAUUACAGUGAAAACUCCAAAAGAAAAACAGCAAGUGGAGAUCGAGGAGGAUGCCGAUAUCAAAAAAUUGAAGGAGGUGCUGUCUCCGAAGUUUAACGCGGAACCAGAGCAGUUAUGCCUUAUUUUCGCUGGGAAGAUCAUGAAUGACGCUGACACCCUGAAGCAGCACAACAUCAAAGAUGGGCUGACGGUGCAUCUCGUGAUCAAGACACCGCCGCGGCCCGAACCUGAAGGAGGCCCCCGCCGUCCACCAGCUGACAUAAGUGCUACUCCAUUUGGCAUGAACUCGCUGGGAGGUCUGGCAGGUCUUGAAAGCCUGGGUUUGGGCCAGAGUACAUUCAUGGACUUGCAGGCCCGCAUGCAACAAGAGCUGCUGACGAACCCGGACAUGCUGCGUCAGGUUCUGGACAACCCGCUGGUGCAGCAGAUGAUGAAUGACCCGGAGAACAUGCGCACCCUCAUCACUUCUAACCCCCAGAUGCAGGACUUGAUGGCU